CCGCCACAUGCUUAAUUUAAACAAGGCCACAUUGGUGUGGUUGCUCAACCGCAAGGCUCUGGCUCUUGCGUGUCUUGGACAAAGGAUCGUGUCGUAAGCGGGACAACUUCAGCCCCGACUGCCUGGGACUCCCUGAAUCUUGCAGAUACAGGUGUCCAAUCCCGAUAGAAUGCAUGGACCAGCCACACUCAUAAUGUUAGAGAGAGGGCUGCAUGCUAAUACCAGCAAAUCGAAUCAGACAUCGCUCCGCGGCUCCGGAUCGGGGGGGUUGUUCCUGAUUUUGACCGUGAGGUGUUGGUAUGCAGAGCAGGGCCUUGAAUGCAAAUAUGAGUAUAAAUCUAAUAACUGAGCUAAGUGCUCCUCUGUUGGAUUGUCUUCGAUAGAUCAUCCUCUUGCCCCGUUGUGUUUGGGUUUUCUAGCUCAAAAAGUCACUCGUUCGACACCCUCGCUUCAGUAGCCCAUCAUGGUCAACUCAAAGGCAGUCUUUUGCUUGCCACUGGCACUAUACUCUUUCUUUGGCUCCGCCGUGGCAUCUAGUGAUGGCUCGAUUGGCAAGCGAGAUGCUCGUCUCGAAGAACGUCAGCGUUGCCGGACUCCAGGGUGGAUUCCUGCCUGCCCCGGUCCCUUUCAGUGCGUUCCACCGGGAGCCAUCUGCUGCUCCGACGGCGUGACGUACGUGAUGCCUCCCCGUAACUGUCCCGACGGCCAAACCCCCCUGGCUACCGCCACCAUCAACGACCCAGCCCCUACCAUCACCACGCUCAUCACCACGGUCCCGGCCUCUACGAUUACCGUCAUUGACUAUACGUGGUACACCUUCACAUACUAUUACUACUACUAUUAUUACUCCUAUUACGUCGAUGCAACCACAACGAUCCUUUAUUCUACUCUCGUCACAACGUCUACCGGCAUCUCUUUGACUGCAACGAACGCUGCCGCAGCCACAUUCUUGUACAGUGAAUAUACUAGGACCGUGAUCGUGCCAACUCCUUCUCAGACGGUUACAACUGUUACUAGUGCAACUGAGACCAUCUCCGUUGAGCCUGAGCCGACCCCUACCGCGAGCCUCACUGUCUCGGCGACUGGCAAUGGCACUAUCAGCCUGGUCCUUCCUACAAGCACUAGCAGCACGCCAGUUCAAGCGGGUGCCGGAAAGAAUGGCAUUGUUGGAGGUUUCUUGGGUCUGGCCCUUGGUUUCGCCGCGAUACUUUAGGGAGGACAGAGUGUGAAGGACAAAAUGUGAAGUUGCGGCUCGGUUCCAUCAUUGUUUUGCCCGUUGAUGUAUUUGGGUAGGGUAAGAAGUGCACGCAGCCUCUAUCUCACAUAUUGAAGUA